AUGGCAUCAUUAAAAACUUACUAUUUUGCCGUCUUGCUUUUGGCAAAUUAUGCGGAAUCAAAACCUCAUUUGUUCAUCAAAGAUGGAAUGCUUCAUCUAGGAAUUCCGUUUUACGGCUCUGGCGCUGUUGCGGACGGAUUUAAUUUUGGAGCGACAUCAAGAAAUGGCGGAACAUCAAAUUUCAAAAGUAGAUCUGACUUGAAUAGCAAAUCCUGUCCCGAUAGUGGAUGUCAAACGAGUAACGCUGAAGGUGGCUACAUUAACAUUCAAAGUAGCGCAGUGAUGCCGGAAGUUGUCACGAGUGAUGGCAAAGUUAGUGGAAGUUCGUCUUCUAGUUAUGGAGCGAGUCAUUUUAGUUCAUCGUCGUCUUCAUCAAGCUCUAAUUCACAAAAAGAAUAUCAGGGUGGUACUGGAACUGGGUCAGUAACGACUAUUACUGUGACUGGAAAUUAUUUGCCACCAAAACAGGGAUCGUCAAGUGUCCAGCAGACAAAUUUUCAAAGUUCAACUAAUUCAGAAAAUGGUUCAAAUUUAAGUCAAAGUGGCUCUGGAAAUUAUGACAAUUCUGCGGUAUUUGGAUUUUCAUCGAAUUCUGGUUCAGGAGUGAAUUCUGCAAAAACUCAUUCAACUGAUUCGGAUCAAAAUGCAUCUUCAGCAGGAUCAACUGGAUUUUCUUUCGCAUCUUCCGGCGGUCAACAAUCAAAAAAUAAUGCAGGAGGAGCAUUUGGUGCCUCAUCUUCAAGUUCCAGUAAUCAUCAUGUUCGGAGUAUCGAUUCUCAAUCAAGCUUCAAUAAUGCCUAUGAUGGUUCCAAACACGGAGUUUCAAUAGGAAGUUCAGCUUCAUCGAGUAAUUCUGAUUCAUAUCCUAACUAUGACACAACAACCCAGAGUACGGGUUAUAUUUAUGCAUCAUUUGGUGGAAAUUCUGGAAGUUCCUUGACAUCAACUGGCAAUAGUGAUACACAAGAAGACUCACAAUCGCAGACUAGUUCGGGAGGAAAUGUGGGAACUACUUUUACAUCAACUUAUAACAGUCAAGGAGACUCGCAAUCGAGCACAGGUUCAGAAAAUAGUGGAAAUGCUGCAGGAAAUUUCGGAAUAUCUUUCACUUCAUCCUAUGACGGUCAAGGAAAUUCUCAAACCGGUUCAGGUUACAACGGAGAAACUGCAGGAAACGUUGGAACAACUUUUACUUCAACCUAUGAUGGUCAACGAAACUCUCAAACUGCUUCAGGAUACAAUGGAGAAUCUGCAGGAAAUAUUCAAAGUUCUUUAAACUUUAAUACUGACACAAAUUCCCAAGGUGAUUCCUCAACACUUUUUGGUGAUUCUUCCUCUCUGGGAUUGAUUCGUGGAGGUACUUAUUAUUCCUCCGCAGAUUGUAGUUCUUCUCAUGCGAGCGAUUCCACAGAAACAAAUCAAAAUACAAAUAUUGGAGUAACUUACAACAGUGCCACUGACACUCAAUCCUCUGUGGAUCAGUCUUCAACAACAAAUGAUGCCCAAGUAAAUAGCGAGUCCAGUAUUAAAAAUCACAUCAGAAGCACCGACAACCAAGAUGCAUCAUCGUCAAAUGGAUUCAGUGGGCAAGCAAAUCUUAAUCUGUAUCCAAAUUACAUCUAUCGAACACAAUCAAACGAGAAUCACGGAACCACCGCAGGAAAUCAGGACUCAAAAAUUACUUUUACUAGUUCCGCCAACACGGGAAGUGACACCCAGACAAAUGGAGGUCACAAAAUCUAUGUUAGUCAUAAACCAGCAGUAUAUCAAACAAAUGAAAAUCAAGGAUCGACAGGAAACGUUGGUUCACAGUUCAGUUUAUCAUUUGGCACCAACGUUCAAUCACAAGCAAAUGAUAAUUCUGGCAAUGAUCAAUCAACAGUUACUCGAAAACGAGUAGAUGAAAAUGAAAUCGCGAAUGAGUCUCAAUUUAGUAUUUCCACUUCAACAAAUUCUCUAAACUCACAAUCCAAUAACGAUCAAUAUGAUGGAAAUCACAAAAUUUAUAUCAAUAGCGUAUCACAGGAGCAACAACCAGCAGUUACUGUAACAAAAACCAAUUCAGAUAAUUCUCAAUCGGCUCAAGGAAAGGUCAAUUUGGUCUCCACUAGCCAACAAACGUAUCCAAAUGGCGUUUUUCCAUUGUCCAUCACCAUUCACACUCACAGUGCUCCACCAACUUCUUCAUCGACUGUAUCAACCAGCAACACAGGACAAGUCUUAACCAAUAAUGACGAUGCUAAUAACGUUGACGUUCGAUUUACUGGAAACACAAAUCAUAAAACAGGAGUUCAAGGUGUUGCCAAAUCAAAUACCAACACGCAAGGAAGUAUUUUAUUCCCUGGAUUGACUUUUGAAACACAUAAUCGUCAUGGAUCGACUGCCAACACAGGCGACACUGGAAUCUACAUCUCCGAAAGUCAUCACAAACGACGACCUUCCACCACUGGAGGAGUUGUUUUCAGUGUGCAACCAUCUAAUACUGCCACUUAUGGUGGAAAUGUCGGAGGAAAUAUCGAUACCAACGUUGCAGUUCGUCAUAAGCAUCGUUCUGGAGCAAAAGGAACUCCAUCUCUAGUAAUUCCGUUACCGAUUUUCACACCUUUCAUCAGAGGAAAAGUGUCGAGCAAAGUAUCCUCACGAUAUGACGGCGAGGAAAAAACCGGACUUGGACUUCUAGCUGACACAAUUGCGCAAGGCUUUAAUUUUGGCAUAAGCACAAGUAGUUCAUAA